GCAACGUCGGUUCGGAGCCGUCGUCGCUCCAGCAGCUCAGGCAGGGAGGGGACGGGUCCAGGCUGGUAACCGGGCUGGAACAGGGAUAACCUGCAUCCUCCCGUCUCUCCUCGGAUGCUCUGAUGGAGUGAACCGGCCGGAUAUGCGCUUUUAUUUCCCGUCUCCCUCGAUCAUGGAAACGGUUCAUCUGGCAGCCCAGUAAACCUUGAAGCCAAGGGGUCAGAAGUCGCUCACUAAAAACCCACAUCUGUCCCUUUCAUUCCUGCACCCCACUCCACCCUGUUCCCCAGUCCCUAAUCCACAUCUCCCUCACAACUUCCCCCGACAGAAUCCCUCCUUAUAAAAACCAGCAGCCGUACUUUUCAUGACGAGGAAGAAGCUCCUCAGCAGACCGUCCUAGUCCCCUCCUGUGAUAACUCCUCAGGCCUCACCAUGAUGUGCGAGGUGAUGCCCACCAUCUCAGAGGACGGCCGUGGAGGCGGCGGAGGCGGCGGCUCGUCCUCUCCAGCGGGGGGCGCAGGCGGGAUGGGAGGCUAUGGAAGCCGAGAUCCUCGCAGUGGCAGCGGCAGUGGAGGAGUAGGGGGAGGAGGAGGAAGUGAUGAAGGGGGAAGCUCCGGUAACUUGGAGUCGCUGAUGGUGAACAUGCUGACGGAGCGGGAGAGGCUGCUGGAGAGCCUGAGGGAGACGCAGGACAGCCUGGGGACGGCGCACCUUCGCCUGCGAGAGCUGGGCCACGAGAAGGAGUCCCUGCAGAGGCAGCUAUCCAUCGCCCUACCACAGGAGUUUGCAGUUCUGACCAAAGAGUUGAACCUUUGCCGGGAACAGCUGCUAGAGAGGGAAGAGGAGAUAGCCGAGCUGAAGGCAGAGCGAAACAACACACGGCUGCUCCUCGAACAUCUGGAGUGCCUGGUGGCCCGCCAUGAGCGCAGCCUGAGGAUGACUGUGGUGAAGAGGCUGACCCAGUCUCAAACCGGCGUCUCCAGCGAGGUGGAAGUCCUCAAAGCCCUCAAGUCGUUAUUCGAGCACCACAAAGCGCUGGAUGAGAAGGUGCGGGAACGGCUACGGGUGGCGCUGGAGCGCGUGGCCGUCCUAGAAGAAGAGCUGCAGUCUUCUUCCCAAGAGGUCGUGUCUUUGAAGGAACAAGUGAAGCGAAGGCAGCAAGGACUAGACAACGGCAAAGAGCGGCUUCCCAACGGACCGGCGUCCAUCUUGGAUGACGCCGACAUCGACCGGCAGAGAGAGGGCGAGAUCGAGCGGCAGAGAUCGGAGCUGGGGCAGCUGAAGGAGAGGCUGGCUCUCAUGUGCAGACAGGUUGGUGAGAUCGAGGAGCAGCUGACGUCGGCCAGGAGGGAGCUGGCCCGAUCCGAGGAGGCCAACCAGAAGCUGCAGCGGGACCUGAAGGAGGCGCUUUGUCAAAGGGAAGACAUGGAGGAGAGAAUCACCACGUUGGAGCGCAGGUACCUGAGCGCCCAGCGGGAGGCGACGUCUCUCCACGACAUAAAAGACAAGCUGGAGAACGAGUUGGCCAGCAAGGAGUCUCUGCACAGACAGAGCGAGGAGAAGAACCGGCAGCUGCAGGAGCGUCUGGACGACGCCAAGCAGAAGUUGCAGCAGACGCUGCAGCGGGCCGAGACGCUGCCGGAGAUCGAGGCGCAGCUGGCGCAGAGAGUGGCGGCGCUCAACAAGGCGGAGGAGCGUCAUGGCAACUUUGAGGAGCGGCUGCGACAGAUGGAGGCACAACUGGAGGAGAAGAACCAGGAGCUACAGAGAGCGAGGCAGAGGGAGCGGAUGAACGACGAACACAACAAGCGUCUCUCUGACACCGUGGACAAACUGCUGUCUGAGUCCAACGAGAGGCUGCAGCUCCACCUGAAGGAGAGGAUGGCCGCUCUGGAGGAGAAGAACGCCCUUUCUGAGGAACUGUCCAACAUGAAGAAGCUCCAAGACGAUCUGCUAGCAAACAAGGAUCAGCUGAUCGCAGAGCUGGAGCGUCUUCAGCUGGAGGUGGACCAGCUCAGAGCCCGACCCGGAGGCUCCUACUCCAGCCGCUCUCUGCCAGGCAGCGCCUUGGAGCUGAGGUAUUCCCAUGGAGGCGGGUCGCUCCCGGCCGGCUCCACAUCUCACCUGGAUCCCUUCUGUAAUGCCUCCGGCGGGGGGGUGGGCAGACGGAGCCACAGGGCCCGCUGGAGCACCGCCCAUGAGGACUCCAGCAAGUACCCAGACUGGGAGAGCGGGGCUUUGCUGGGAACCGGGUACGAGCAGAGCAUGGACGUGGGCUGCUCCGAUGACGAGGACGACGGGGAGCCGCGAUUCGAGCUGCUUUCCCCCAGCGGACAGACAGACGUGCAAACCCUGGCCAUCAUGCUGCAGAAACAGCUGGAGGCCAUCAAUAAGGAGAUCAAGCUGAUCCAGGAGGAGAAGGAGAACACGGAGCUGCGAGCUGAGGAAAUCGAGAGCCGGGUCAGCGUGGCGCUGGACAGCCCGCCCACUCAUCCCUCCUCUUUGGGCAGAGACGGCACUGGACGGGGCUUCAUCCCGUCAUCCAUCACCUCCUCCACCCUGGCCUCCCCGUCUCCCCCCAGCUCUGGACACUCCACCCCUCGCCUGCCUCACUCCCCGGCCCGCGAGACCGAUAGACAGAACAACAAAGAGGACGAUCGAUCUCUUGCUCUCCUCGACUCCACGCCUCCUCCGACUCCUCGCGCGCUGCGAUUGGACAGAAUGAACCUCACCCACCCGGGCGCCUUGCUCGACGACCCCCGGGAGUUUCGCAGCCUUUCUGCAGACGGCAGCAGCUCCAACAGCAGCCAGGAUUCUCUCCACAAGUCCAGCAAGAAGAAAAGCAUCAAGUCUUCCAUCGGUCGGCUUUUUGGGAAGAAGGAGAAGGGAAGGAUGGGCCAACCUGGGCGUGAUGAGUCUGCUUCUCUUGCGUCUACGCCCUCUGAAGACCUCGGAUCUGGAGACGCCAUGGGGAUAAACAAGACAGGAACUCUUGGUCCGGCAGAUAAAGACCGUCGCAGCAAAAAAAAACAUGAACUUCUGGAAGAAGCUUGUCGCCAAGGACUACCGUUUGCAUCUUGGGAUGGACCGACUGUUGUGUCUUGGUUAGAGCUGUGGGUCGGAAUGCCCGCCUGGUACGUCGCGGCGUGUCGCGCUAACGUAAAGAGCGGCGCCAUCAUGGCCAACCUGUCGGACACAGAGAUCCAGCGGGAGAUCGGCAUCAGUAACCCGCUCCACCGCCUCAAACUGCGCCUGGCCAUCCAGGAGAUGGUGUCCCUCACCAGCCCAUCUGCCCCAGCCAGCACUCGCUCAUCCACCAGCAACGUGUGGAUGACCCACGCAGAGAUGGAGUCCCUGAACGCCGCCACCAAGCCUCCGGCCAUAGUGUUGAGCAUCUCCCUGUUUCUACGUGAACUGCUUCAGACUAAUUACCCGUUCACUAACACACUGUUCCUCACUUUUGUCCUCUUUUCCUGCUGCUGCUGCUGCUGCUGUGACCUCUCCCUCUUUUGCUUCUCCUCAUUCAUCCCUCCAUCCGUCCACACUGCUUCUUCCCUUCCCUUUCCCCCCACCACUCCACUCGCUCCGUCUUCCUCUCUUUCUGCCUUGUCUUUUCUCUCGGCGUUGCAGGAACUGAAGGAGUUCAGCUGGGAUCAGAUUCUGGCCUACGGCGACAUGAAUCAUGAGUGGGUGGGCAACGACUGGCUGCCCAGCCUGGGCCUGCCCCAGUACCGCAGCUACUUCAUGGAGUCGCUGGUGGACGCCCGCAUGCUGGACCACCUGACCAAGAAGGAGCUGAGGGGGCAGCUCAAGAUGGUGGACAGCUUCCACAGGGUCAGCUUGCAUUACGGCAUCAUGUGCCUAAAGCGCCUGAAUUACGACCGAAAGGAGCUGGAGAGGAGGAGAGAGGACAGCGUCCACCAGAAUAAAGAUGUGAUGGUGUGGUCCAAUGAGCGCGUGAUGUGCUGGGUCCAGAGCAUCGGCCUGAAGGAGUACGCAGACAACCUGAGAGAGAGCGGCGUCCACGGCGCUCUGCUGGCUCUGGACGACACCUUUGACUACACCGACCUGGCCCUCCUGCUGCAGAUCCCCAACCAGAACACACAGGCCAGACAGGUUCUGGAGCAGGAGUACAACUCCCUGAUCUCCAUGGGAACGGAGAGACGACCCGAUGAGGAUGGAACGAAGACGUUCACCCGCUCGCCCUCCUGGAGGAAGAUGUUCAGGGAGAAAGACCUCCGGGGCGUGACCUCCGACUCCGCCGAGACGCUGCCCGCUAACUUCCGUGCCUCAGCCAUUUCCACGCCCUCCGUCACCCUGAGAAAGGUUCAGAGUGACGCAGCUAGCUCUGGUGCCCGGGGUGAAUCUGCCUCAGUGAGGACGUACUCCUGUUGAGUCACUGAGGGCGCUGGCUGGAUUGGGACUAAAGGACACUCUCGCUCAUCCACAAAGAACGAAGCAAUGACUCUACCAAUUAACCUAAACGCAAACCUGGCCGUUCUGCAAUAACAGUAGCAAAGGAAAAUAGGAGGAAAAUGACAUGAAGAAUGUAUAAACUUGUUCUCAGAUUUAGCGGGUUGAAUCGGACCGGCUGUUUUCUCUCUCCGUCUAAGUGUCCGGCGCCGUUUAUCAUCUUACAGUUUCAAACAUCAGAACGUCUGCUCGACACCAGAACCUGAGCUCAUUGUUUAGUUCGGAUCUGGAGGGUGUUAAAGCUGAAAAGCGAUUCUGGGAGACAGACAGAUGUGUCGGAAACGACACCGGCGCUCCUUUAUUUCCGCUGGUGUCCGGUUUCAGCCGGCGCAGCCCCUUUUUGUUGGCCUCCCUGAUCCCCACCAGGAUUGGGUGGUGUGGUAAAACACGGCUGAAUUCAGACCACCAUUUAUGUCCGACCACAUCAGAGAUCCAUUGUCUGUUGGCACCUUGAAGGCGGAUAGUGAUCUCUUUUGAAAGGGGCAUCAAAGGAGAGAACUUGGUGGAGCAAUCUUUGUCACCAGAAGCUUUUAUGAUCCUUAAAUUGAUUUAUGUCGGUUAUUCAGACUAAAAUAGAUCAGUUUUUCACUCUAGUGGCAAAAUCUUAAACUGAAAAAUUAUAUUUAAGUACAUUUAUUGAAAAGAGGCAGCGUUACUGCGGCAGCACUUAUUUACUAUAUCAGAGUAUCAGAGGCAAGCUAAGAAAUUUUUUUAACAAAAAUAAAGUCGUGUGAGUAGAAAGUAGAAAUAAUAUUAGAACAAUGUCAUUAUAUUGUCAGAAUAAAGUCAUAAUAUUACCAGAAUAAAGUUGCAGUAAAGUGAGAUUAAAGUCUUAAUUUUGUGGUAAGUCAUAGUGUAGAAUAAAGUUGUAAAAUGACCAUUAUUAAGUCAUAGUUAUACAAGAAUAACGUCAUAAUAUUUUGAGAAUAAAGUUGUAAUAUUUCAAGAACAGUCAAUAAAUCAGCAUCAGAUUAUUAUCAGUAGCACCUGAUGUAUUUACUACAACUUUAUUCUUGUAAUAUUUUGACUUUUCUCAAAGUAUUACGACUUUAUCCUGAUGUUUCAACAGAUUAGGUAUUUCCUUAUUCGUAAAAACCAAAACCAAAGUAUGAGCUCUGGUGUAAAUAACUUAAAAUGUAUAUUCUGCACCGUUUCAAACCUUCAUUUGAAUCUCAACUUCUUCUAAAAACAUCCCAAGCACUUGAAAGAAAAAGAAAACACACAGGUGUUUUUUGGCAAUAAAAUAAUUCUUUUUGGUGCCUUGAAAAUGAGCCGUUUCAGAAACGUCACACUUCCCCGUUACCUAGCUGAGCUCCAGGAUGAUUAGUCAGCCGGUUUUACCUCUAUUUGUGCUAUACAAUGGCUGCUGGAAUAGACAAGUGUUUUGUUGUUGACUUACCAUUUAGAAAUAACUUCCUGCAUUCUGUUGGUAGCGCAGGAGGCUCCACUUUUGCUUUUCAGAGAGCUACAGGUGUAUAAUUGUGCAUCUGUUUUGCAGCCAUUUUCAUGUGAGAGUGUAAACGUUGAGUUGGGGCUGCAGCCAGCAGCAACUUAUCCAGACUCUCCUUUUUUUCUUUGCUUGUGUUUUGGAACUACUGAUUUAGAUUAAAGCUAUGCUAUACUAUGUUAUGCUAGGCUAGGCAAGGCUAUGCUAGACAGUAGCCUCCAGUUUUACCCAGUAAGAACCAAGACUCCCACCAAAUCACUAUGAAGUUUCCACUGGGAGUUUUUCUAUGAGGACGGAGCCGACAGAGAGACAAAAACAGCCGAUCCAAGAGGAUGGAAAGCAAAAAAAAAAUAAAAAUGUGAACAGAAGUUGGUCAUUCUACUGCACACACAAGCCAUAACAGGAAGGAAAAGCUGUCUGUGGAGGAGAGAGGGCAGCCUGAGGAAGCCCAGAAAACAAAACCUUUAGCCUCUGUGUUUACGAUGCAUGUCCAAUAACGACAACAACCUAAAAAAAAAAACUUUUUUUGGUAGUGAAGAUGAUAUGAGGCGUCAUUAAAAAAUAUAUAUCUGUAUGAUAAACCUACAGGGUGGGUUUGGGGCGGGGCAUCUGGGGGGGCGGGAAACAAAUUUGUAAGAUGUGUGUAUUUUUUUCAGUUGUAUUUUAUUAUUUUUUUUACGAUAACUAUUUAUUUUCUUCAGGUAUGUAUUGGAUAAACGUAUGUACAUGUUCGGUUUCGUUCUUUGCUUCGUUUGGACGAGUUUCAAGAGUAAAUAUGAAAACAUUGAGAAUUGUCAUUCAGAUACGCUAAAUGUGUACAUUUUGAGGAACAAAUUGUGCAACGAUUUAACAGAUUUCCAUGAUUCCAGUGGUAGUAAUAAGAUGAAAAUAUCUGAAAAAUAAAGAAUAAUAUUAAUAAUAAUGACAAUGAUGAUGAUGAAAAUGGUGAUGUAAAAGAAAAAAAUAAAUAAAGCAA